GCCGCCCGCUCGGUCCCAGACCUGCCCCGCCACCGCGCUCUAGUCCCGGACGUGGGUAAGCUCAGGACGGUUGGGACCUCGGACUGGCGGCGCCUGAUCUUCCAAGCGGCGGCGGCGGCGGCGGCGGCUGUUGCUAAGGGAGGGGACGCGCGGGGAAGCGCGGCCCGAGCGGCGGACGGCACCGAGCGCGGAAGCCCGAGCGGCACCCCCCUCUCCGGACCCUCCUCCGCGCCCACUGUCCUUGAAAGGAGCCGCGAGUGCAGUCCCCACCCCCGGAAGGCGCCCCGACGAGCCAACGCGACCUCGGAGCGCUGCUUGGAUUUUGAUUCCUGAUUUCACCUUCCGCUCCUGGGACUUUCUCGAAGGGGACGCGCGCUGUCCCUAGGAACCCCGAGGACCCCGGUUCGGGGAGCCCCCCAGCACUGCCCGGAGGCGCGGCGAGGAUUGGCGGCGCCCCGCGGACCCCAUCCCUCCAGCGCGGGCCGGGGAUGGAGCCGCAGCCCGGCGGCGCCCGGAGCUGCCGGCGCGGGGCCCCCGGCGGCGCCUGCGAGCUGGGCCCGGCGGCCGAGGCGGCUCCCAUGAGCCUGGCCAUUCACAGCACGACGGGCACCCGCUACGAGCUGUCGGUGCCCCCGGACGAAACGGUGGAGGGGCUGCGCAAGCGGCUGUCCCAGAGGCUCAAAGUGCCCAAGGAGCGCCUGGCACUGCUCCACAAAGACACCCGGCUCAGUUCGGGGAAGCUGCAGGAGUUCGGCGUGGGGGAUGGCAGCAAGCUGACGCUGGUACCCACCGUGGAGGCGGGCCUCAUGUCGCAGGCCUCAAGGCCAGAGCAGUCUGUGAUGCAGGCCCUGGAGAGCUUGACUGAGACACAGCCCCCAGUGGCGCCCGGGCCAGGCCGGGCUGGCGGAGGCGUCUUCCGGAAAUACCGAUUCAUUUUAUUUAAGCAUCCGUGGCACCGACAGGGACCCCAGAGCCCAGAGAGGGGCGGCGAGAGGCCCCAGGUCAGUGACUUCUUGUCCGGCCGCUCGCCACUGACCCUGGCGCUGCGCGUGGGUGACCACAUGAUGUUCGUCCAGCUGCAGCUGGCCGCCCAGCAUACCCCGCUGCAACACCGCCACGUGCUGGCGGCCGCCGCCGCCGCCGCCGCCGCCGCCCGGGGGGGCCCCAGCGUGACCGCCCCUGUGUCCUCUCCCUGCCGGCCAGUGUCCAGCGCCGCCCGAGUGCCCCCGGUGUCCAGCAGCCCUGCCCCUGCGUCCCCCUCACCCGUCACAGCCGGCUCUUUCCGAUCCCACUCAGCUGCCACCUGCCCCGAGCAGAUGGACUGCUCGCCCCCGGCCAGUGCUGGCAGCCUCGCGUCCACCCCCGGCGGGAGCCCCGCGUCCACCCCCGGCGGGAGCCCCGCCUCCCGCUCCCGCAAGCCCGGCGCUGUCAUUGAGAGCUUCGUCAACCACGCCCCGGGGGUGUUCUCAGGGACCUUCUCUGGCACGCUGCACCCCAACUGCCAGGAUAGCAGCGGGCGGCCGCGGCGUGACAUCGGCACCAUCCUGCAGAUCCUCAACGACCUUCUGAGUGCCACGCGGCACUACCAGGGCAUGCCCCCGUCGCUGACCCAGCUACGCUGCCAUGCCCAGUGCGCGCCCGCCUCGCCCGCCCCGGACCUCACCCCCAAAACUACCUCCUGUGAGAAGCUGGCGGCUGCAGCCCCUGCCUCCCUGAGCCAGGCCCGCACGUGCAAGCCUCUGGGGGACCGGCUGCGGCAGACGGAGAACCGGGCCACCCGCUGCAAGGUGGAGCGCCUACAGCUGCUGCUUCAGCAGAAGCGGCUCCGCAGGAAGGCGCGACGCGACGCCCGCGGCCCCUACCACUGGCCGCCCAGCCGCAAGGCCGGCCGCAGCGACACCAGUGGGGGAGGCGGCGGCGGCGGCCCCAGCGAGGCCUCCGGCUUGGGCCUCGACUUUGAGGACUCCGUUUGGAAGCCGGAAGUCAAUCCUGACAUCAAGUCAGAGUUCGUGGUGGCCUAGGACCCGCGUCCCUCGCCCGACCACCCUGGGCCGAGAGUCCCCCCCCCCCCCCCCCCAGCGAGGCCUGCACGCGGGAGGGCAGGCGGUCAGGGCAGCAGGAGGCCCCCCCCCCUCCCCGGCCAGCUUCCUUCUGAUU